AUGUCUGAGGAAAAAUCUGGAAGGAGUGGAGACGCCGCGAAAAAGACCGUGGCGUCGAACGAAGUUAGCUUCGAGCAGAUGUCCAUACAGGAAGGCUCGUCCACCGAAAUCAAGGGCAUCGAUGCUAACCGUUACGCGACGAAGAAAACCGUUGCUCAAGGCUUGCUGGACAUAGCUUUGUUGACAUCGAACGCGUCCCAGUUGAAGUACAUCCUCCAAGUGGGACCCAAGCACGAGUUCUACACGCUGCUCGUCACUCUGAUCUCCAUAUCUAUCAUUUUACAGGUACUUUCGUCUAUUGGUUCAGUGAUUCUUGGUUUUAUUUUCGACAUCAACCACCAACCCCACCACAGACGCGCAGAAAUCUUAAACAAUCUCUAUUUGGGAACGAAAACUAUAAGCACUACAGUAAAUGUCAUGAUAUCAGUAUUUUACUCUUUGGAUGUCACCGGAAAUUACGUUCCGCCUCCAUUAAGCACUACGCUAAACACUCUUUAA